CGCUUGCCAGCCCAUACAUUAUAAAGGAUAUUUUGUCAAAGGUUUUGUCGCCACUGUCAAGUCACGUGACAACCUGGAGGGUUUGUUUACAUUUGUGACAGGUCACCAAUUGCUCACUUUGCGCUGCCCUUUUUGACAGGAACCAAUAGGCUGAGGUGAAUUUACCGGUGCUCAUACAAUCGUGGGGAAGAUUGCGAUAUAUCACAUAUACCUCGUGAAUGGUCACGGUUAGGAAUGGAAUGCUAAAUAGCAUAACUAGAAGCAAUUAGCCUGCCACUUUUUAGUGAAAUAGCUAGGUACUACCUAGCCUAGAAGAAACACCGAGGCUGAUCUAUGCCUGUGUACUAGGUAGUAUAAACGGGCGAUUUUCUAGAGAGCACAGGUGCUUAGGCCUUAAAGUUUUUUCAUGGCGGAAAUUGACUACCUUAUUGCAUCAUGGAUCACUCGGAAUUCGAUAUAUUUUGUCUUUGCUGCGCUGAUAUACUGGGUAAUUAAUCGAAGAGGGAAAGAUCUCAGACACAGGUGGUUUGCAUAUUUCAUGCAUUUGUUAACAAAGGAGAAAAAUGUAAAAUCAGAGGAAGUAAAAAAGGACUUGUUUAGGAGUCUUUCAACUGUUGUAUCUCAUGAUCCCCAGCUCAGGAAAGAAAGCAAAAUCAAGAUUUUGGAGAUAGGUGUUGGAACAGGUGUCAACUUUUCACAUUAUCCAGAUGGUACUCAGCUCAUAGUUGUUGAUCCCAAUCCACACUUUGUUAAAUACUACAAUGAAAAUAGAAAGAAAUUUCCAAAUAUUGCAUCUGAAGAGAUCAUUGUAACCACAGGUACUGUAUCCUCCAUGAUAUCCGUCCCUGAUGCAAGUGUAGACGUGGUUGUUAUGACACUUGUCAUGUGCAGUGUGUCAGAGAUUGAAGCGAUCUUGAGAGAGAUACUAAGAGUCCUUGUACCAGGAGGGAAGUUUUAUUUCUUGGAGCAUAUUCGAGAGUUUGACCCCAAGAAGCACUUCUGGAGGCAAAAGAUUCAGGAUUUUCUAACUUCUUGUAGACUAUGGCCUUUCCUGUUUGAUGGUUGCUGCCUUAAUAGAGACAUGUUACCGUAUAUUGAGAAAGCAGGUUUCUCAAAGGUUAAUGGUGAACGAUUUUAUGCUCCUAUUUCUAAUAUUUUACUCUAUCUUAUUAAACCCCAGCUCAAAGGAAUUGCUGAAAAAUAAGGCUUGUUUGUAGAGUACAAUACAUUGUUGUUAUACAGAAAGACAUUUUUCGUUAAAUGUGUUAUUGAUACAGUACCAACGUUGGUGCUUUGAACAGCAAGUACUGUUUCCAUACAGAGGUUUUAUACUGUAUCUAGCUAAAUUAGUAUUAGUUGAGCAGUUUCAGAUAUUUCAUAGGACUUAAGAUUCAAGUCUUUUUCUACUUUCUCAAGGUAUUUACUAUUUUGUAAGCCAUAAUAUAGAAUUAUUUGUAUUUUGUUAUGUGUGGGAUGUGUGCUUAUAAAUGACUGAAUUUGUGGUUUAGUAUCAUGUUUGUAGUAUUAUAUGAGGUGAACAACAUUGUUUAUUAGUGUGCAUUUGUCAGUUACUAUACCUUUUUCAGACAACAAAGGUAGUUUUUUUCUAUACAAUUUUGUGUUGAAUGCAGUGGUGUUUGCCUGUAACAUAUAAAUGUCUCCAUAAUUUUUACCGUUGAGUUUGGUUCUACAGGAAUCUUUAUAUAUGCCAAUAGUAUUUUCUUACUUGUGUAAUUUAAAUUUCAGGAGAGGUUUAACUUUUGUGUGACAUCAUUUGUUCUUUGUGGUGCAAUAACUCAAAGAUUACAUUAAAAGAACAGUUGUGCUACAUAGAAAAUCUAGAUUUGAUACUUUUGUCAUAAGUAGAUCUCUUGAUUUGUCAAUAACUAGAUCUCAUGUUCUUAAGAAAGACACAUCCAUUUUUUAUUAUCACAAUGUUUAUACGUAGUAAACUGAUACUCAUAGCACUGCCAUUUGCAAAUAUUAAGACUUGGUACUCAAACAAAUAAAAUGGUGAUUGAGAAUUGUAUAAAGCAGGUCCUUUUAAUGAUAGUUGUUUAUUGACUACCUCUCAUGGAAAGAUAAGAGUAGUUGUUGUGAGUCUGGAAAAAAACAAAAAGUCUAGGCAUUAGUGUUUGGUCAUUUUCCUUGCCAUUAUUAUUGCUCAUUCCGUUACUUCAAGAAUAUUUUAAAUGAAAUAUAAAGUAAUGGUGGAGGCAAAGAUGAGUGAUUUACUGAUGCGAAGAAUUGGUUGAUCCCUUAGAAAAUUUCUAGUGAAGUAGCACUGUACCUUAUUAUAACAGGUGCUUGGAGGGAAAGAUUUCAUAUGUUGAUUGUAAAUUUUUCCUGUUGCUAAUUGUUGGGAUAUACAAGUUCUUAAAUGUGUUAAAAUAAGAUUCGAUAUUGUGUGCUGAAAUUUAUUAUUAUAGGUUAAUGGCACUCUCCUACUCACUUGAACAGGACACAAGUGAUGUAAUAACUGGAGAAGAGUUUAGUGAUUAAGGUUUGUGAAGUUAAAAGUAUGCAUUUUAUUUAGUGUUCAUAGUACUGUAAUUCCAUUUCACAUUGUAUAAAUUGUAAGAAGAGGGUACUAUUUGAAGGUAAUGAGUUUUCAUUGUGGGACAGUCUAUAUAAAGAUGAUCUUAAGAAUUUCAUUCUAAUUCAUAUGUAGAGGCAGAGACAUACUGUUUAAGAGCAUAUAGUACAGAUCUUGAGAUGAUAUGAUCAAUCUGAAGUAGACUUUAUUUUGUGGGAAGAUUUUACAUUGAGCUGUUUGAUUGUAAUGUGCUGAAAUGUGGUAGGAGAUUGAAAAUUACUUUUUGUCUGAAUACAGCAGCUUAUUUUGCUCCAGUAAUUGAUUUGUCAUUCAGUAUAAAUCUUAUAUUAGUAUUGUGUAGUGGUACUUAGUUGUUCAUACUAGACUAUACAUUAGGUAGUUAUAUAAUUUGGUUUGAAACAAUGAUUUGAACCAAAACAAAAGGCUGUCUCAGACAGUGGUUUGUUUCCAGCAAAAUUAAAUAAAAAAUAUCUUUAUUUGAGAACUUCCCCCCCCCCCCCCCUAAAUAGUUUGGAUUUAUUAUGUAACAAAAUCCAUAAGGUUGUGCACACUAUUGAAUUAACAAAUUUUAAUAUUCUGAAAUCACCAAAGAAAUAAACAAGUUUUAGAGAAAAUUUUUGGAGUUUUUAUGGAUAAAAUGUACUUAAAAGAAUUAGUUGAAUAGUUUUUGUAAAAUGUGAUUAAGACAUCAAGGGUUACAAUAAAAUUUCCCAUCAAGUAGUUUACAUAGGACAUGUUGGCACUGUGUUGUUCAUUAGUAUAAAGGUAUUCCAGAGUAUGUGGAAUUUUAUGUUAAAGAAUAUUUUGUUUAAACUAGUCUAUUUUAUUUUCAGUAAGGGGAGAAACUUGUAUUAAGAGAAUGAAACCCCAGAAGCAUCCUUUUUAUUUUUUCUAUAUGUACAAUAUAGUGAUUGUUGUUGUAAA